ACGAAGACGGCCAAUCGGCUGGGCGGCUUCCGCUCCUCUGCGCCGCGGUGGGUUCCCGCGGGCCUGCGGUCGUCCGACCGCGAUGCUGAAGGCCAAGAUCCUCUUCGUGGGGCCCUGCGAGAGUGGAAAAACCGUUUUGGCCAACUUCCUGACAGAAUCUUCUGACAUCACCGAAUACAACCCAACCCAAGGAGUGAGGAUCCUGGAAUUUGAGAACCCACACAUUACCAGCAACACCAAAGGCACGGGGUGCGAAUUUGAGCUAUGGGAUUGUGGCGGUGAUCCAAAGUUCGAGUCUUGCUGGCCGGCUCUGAUGAAGGACUCACACGGAGUAGUGAUCGUCUUCAAUGCUGACAUCCCAAGCCACCUGAAGGAGAUCGAGAUGUGGUAUUCCUGCUUCGUCCAGCAGCAGUUUUUACAGGACACUCAGUGUCUGUUGAUUGCACACCACAAACCAGGCUCUGGAAGUGAUAAAGGAAACCCGUCUUUGCCAACCCCCUUGAACAAGCUGAAGCUGGUGCACUCGAAUCUUGAGGAUGACCCUGAAGACAUCAGGUUGGAGUUCAUAAAGUAUUUAAAAAGCAUAAUCAACUCAGUGUCUGAAAGCAGAGACCGGGAGGAAAUGUCAAUUAUCACCUAAGCAGCCUUCAUUCUGAUUCUUUCACCUCACAAAUAAGGUCAGCUGUUUUCCCAGGGCAGACCUGGAAUCUUACCCAGCUACUGAUAUUUUCUUCUCCCUGUGGCCGUAGAAGAGAUUUUCCUUAUCUGCUCUAAGGUACCAGUCAGCCAGGGAGUUGACUCAUACCAUUUGUCCUCUGUCCUAAGUUCAGUUGAGAAAAUCCUAUUAUUGAAUUCUGAUUCCUUUGCCUCAAACCUCUCCACGAGCUGGAAAACUGAGCUGUUUUUCUUUCCUCUUCAUAUAUGUCAAGUGAUAAAAAUUGUGGAAUUGUAACUGUCAGAACCAAAUGAUACAGCAGUUUAAUUCAUGUG